CCGCCGCAGUGCCCUCGGCCGCCAUUCGGUUCCUGAAAGUUUCCGGCGCCCGCGCCUCUGGGACUCGGCGGCGGGGAGGGGGCGGCCCGCGGCUGCUCCGGGCGCUGGGCCCUUUUCGGCCGCGGUGCGGCGACUGCCGCGGGAGGGAGGGCGCACCGCGGCGCCGCCGCCACAAGUUGCGCUGCUCGCGGAGAGGUAACUGGAGAUAAAAAACAGACCUAAAAAUAAACUCUAGAAAGAAGAAAGUAUUUACCUACAUUUGGCUCUGAGUCUUGGCAGCCACUUGGCAGUCUGUAUGGUCGGAUGCUGACUGGUCCAAAGGUCCACACAUGUAGUCACCAUAAAGGAGGAAGUUGCAGGCCUUUCUCCUUGCUGAAACUGAAGAAGGUGGCCCCGCUGCGUUAAAACCUCAUUGCCGCGAGGUAAGGCUAAGAUGAGCAUCACCAGUGACGAGGUGAACUUCCUGGUGUAUCGCUAUCUGCAGGAGUCAGGUUUUUCCCACUCAGCGUUCACAUUCGGGAUCGAGAGCCACAUCAGCCAGUCAAACAUCAAUGGGACGCUUGUGCCCCCGGCUGCCCUCAUCUCCAUCCUGCAGAAGGGACUGCAGUAUGUGGAAGCAGAGAUCAGCAUCAACGAGGAUGGCACAGUGUUUGAUGGCCGCCCCAUAGAGUCCCUGUCCCUGAUUGACGCGGUGAUGCCUGACGUCGUGCAGAUGCGGCAGCAGGCCUUCCGGGAGAAGCUGGCUCAGCAGCAUGCUUUGGCAGUGGCAGCCACAACCACAGCCACAGCCACAGGGGCAGCCAUGGCAACCCCAGCAGCUGUUUCCCAGCAAAACCCACCAAAGAACAGAGAAGCCUUGGUGAACGGGGAAGAGAACGGAGCACAUGCAAUCAAUAAUCAUUUGAAACCAAUGGAAAUAGACGGAGACGUUGAGAUUCCACCCAGCAAAGCCACAGUCCUUCGGGGCCACGAGUCUGAGGUGUUCAUUUGUGCCUGGAACCCUGUCAGUGAUCUCCUGGCAUCCGGAUCUGGAGAUUCAACUGCAAGGAUAUGGAACCUUAAUGAAAACAGCAACGGGGGGUCCACACAGCUCGUGUUGAGGCACUGUAUACGAGAAGGAGGCCACGACGUCCCGAGUAACAAAGACGUGACCUCGCUGGACUGGAAUAGCCACGGGACACUGUUGGCCACAGGCUCAUAUGAUGGUUUUGCAAGAAUAUGGACGGAAGAUGGUAACCUGGCCAGCACCUUAGGUCAACAUAAAGGCCCCAUCUUCGCCUUGAAAUGGAACAAAAAGGGGAAUUACAUUCUGAGUGCAGGUGUGGACAAAACAACAAUAAUUUGGGACGCCCACACAGGAGAAGCCAAACAGCAGUUUCCAUUUCAUUCUGCCCCUGCUCUCGAUGUAGACUGGCAGAACAACACCACCUUUGCCUCCUGUAGCACAGACAUGUGUAUCCACGUCUGCAGACUCAGCUGUGACCGCCCGGUCAAAACCUUCCAAGGACACACGAAUGAAGUCAAUGCCAUCAAGUGGGAUCCUUCUGGAAUAUUGCUAGCAUCCUGCUCCGAUGACAUGACAUUAAAGAUCUGGAGUAUGAAGCAAGAUACAUGUGUCCAUGACCUUCAGGCUCACAGCAAAGAGAUAUACACCAUCAAGUGGAGUCCCACAGGGCCAGCCACUAGCAACCCCAAUUGCAACAUCAUGCUAGCGAGUGCUUCGUUUGACUCUACGGUUCGGCUGUGGGAUGUGGAGCGAGGUGUUUGCACCCACACGCUAACCAAGCACCAAGAACCUGUCUAUAGUGUAGCUUUUAGCCCUGACGGGAAAUACUUGGCCAGUGGCUCCUUUGACAAGUGCGUGCACAUCUGGAACACUCAGAGUGGGAAUCUCAUUCACAGCUACCGAGGCACUGGCGGCAUCUUCGAGGUGUGCUGGAGCGCCCGAGGGGACAAAGUGGGUGCCAGUGCAUCUGAUGGCUCUGUGUAUGUGUUGGAUCUGCGAAAGUAAACACAAAACGUUACAGAAGAAAGAAUUCUCAUGAACCAGCAGUGAAGGUGGGGGUCACAGCACACUUCAGACACAAUCCUAUCAGCUCCAAAAUUGUAUGAACCUGACUUGCAUUAGAGUGUACUUUGAAAGCAACUCAUCCCUGGCCACAGGAGUCUUUAUUUUUUUCAUGAUCUUCACCAAGAAGUUUAAAGCAGAAAGAUAUACCCAGUCAUGUCAAAGGGGAAAAGAAUGCUUUCCACCUGAACCUUCAGCCUGGGAAGCACAAGGCCGCCAGCUGGAUGGGGCAUGGUUUGGUUUCCAUCCUGAGCAGGCUCUGAUGUGCUGAUGGGGGGUGGGGGGGGAGAAAAGCUGUGCCAAAAAAGGGAAAAUGCUGUGAUAAACCAGAAGGGUGGGGGAGCUGUCCUCCAUGUGGUGGGUUGGUCGAUUCUUUCUGUACUAACAGUUUGGACACUACAGCUGCUCCUGUAAACGAUGUUCAAAGACCCGUUUGUACUGAUGAAAUGCUCAGCUUUGUGAGCCCAACACUUUUCUAUUUUCUGGAGUCUUUGUCUGGUGGUAUUUCUAUCGGAUGGAAUCCUGUCGUCUUGGGGCCUUCAGUGUGAAAUGGAAGCUGUGUUCGCUCUGUUGCUUCUUUCCUGUGGUUGCCUGCCCGCCCCCUCUGCCUUUUCCCUUCAUCUGCUGUGGUUUUGAUUUGCAGUUCGCCAUGGAGACCAUGAAGGAACCGUUGGUGGCCAGCUCUCUCCCCUCCCUCCCACCCACCAGCCCGCUCUUCCCUCUGUCUAUGUCACCCUUGCUCACUCUCUACCUUUGUCACAGUUGCUUCAGAUCUUAGGCCUCAAGGGUACUUUUGGUGCAGAAUAAGUGCAUUACAAGGAGGUGGGGCUGGGGCACUUUCUACAGGAGAAAAAUAUAUAUAUAAGAGAAAGAGCCCAAAGUAUUUUUGGAAAAAAAUGUAUUUUUAUGUUAAAACCAUUUUAAAAUCCUAAAAUGGCCAUCAGACAUAGAGAGCUUUGUGUGAUUCAUAUUUUAAAACAAUGUUAGGAAGACACAGGCAGGUUCUGAGGACUCUGCCUCCUUUAGCUUCACUAAAGGCACUUAGAACUCUGGGUGGAAAAGGUCCAUCCCGUGGGUCCCCCGCAGGAUUGUUCUGCAGCCAGAGUGAAACAUUCCUGCUCCUCUGGCUGCAAGAAGAGCAUUGCAUCUCUCAGUGUGUGUUCACCCAUGCAGGCGGCAGGAGAAACGAAUAACGGUGCCCUCUCACCAGGGGACGCAUUCCCGAAACCCAGUGGUAUCGGAGAGGCCAUUGAGCCGACCCCAUGGCCGGGUUGCCGAGAGCGACACCCCACUCACAGCAGCCACAGGGCCAGUGGCCUUCGGCCCCCCACAGUUUGGCUGGUCCUUGCCGAGCUGACGUGAAAGGCUCCAGGGUCGUGUUUGGUCUGACAAUGACAGAAAUGAACGGGGGAAGAUUUUCAGUCCUGAAGAUGAAUUUCAUAGGUAGAAUGUCACUAAUGAUUUCUGCUUUCUUCAUAAUUUCUCUUCCACCAAAGACUAGGAGAAAGAUGUUCUUUUUUUAAGUAAUGAAUCUUUUUACUGUUUUUAAAACAUCAAACCUGGCUUUGUGUUCAUAGAGGACUUUCCUCUCAUUGGGUCAGGUGACUUUGUACACUUGUAACUCGACACUGACCUAUUUUAUGAAUCGGUGGGGGAGAGGGCAGGAGAUGAGGCCUCUUCCCGCGUCCGCUUUCCCGCAGGCAUGGGAAGGGAGGGGAAGCUGGCCGGGCCUGGGGGGCUGCCGUGCACAGGCUUCUGCUCUGUGUGUUCCAGCAACAAGACAGGACCCUCUGGAGGCUGGCAUCCAUCCGUGGAGCCAAAAACUGACCGGCAGGGCAGGGCAAGGGCAUUGUGCUCAGCUUGGAGUGUGCCUGGGCCAGCUCCUAAAGUCACAGUAUGCUUGUCAUCAUGGGGCAUUAACUGGCCUUCACUUGCACAUGUGAGUUAUUCAAACCCUAGCGAGAGAAGACCGCAAGCGUUCUCUGUAUGAGUUGGGUAUUGUGUUCUGGGUCUGCUACCUAAAUGCCCACCGAGCUGAGGAGGUCGGAGUUCUAUGGCGCCACCAUCCCGUCUUUGAAGUGCACACACACCUCCAGCUGUAUUGCUCACUUCCUGCCCCAAGAGCACGUUAGGUCUGGCCUGCGGUCCGUGGGGGUGCAGAUGCACACCAUCCUCACCCCCUUCCUCCCCCAAGUAAAAAUGCAUCCAUCUCCACGGAGUGUCAGUGGUCGAGGGUCGGCUGGGCUCACGUGUCAGCUGGUGUUGACAGGCCCAACAGGGCUGUCACGUGACAGGGUGGGGACAGGCUAUCGGGUCUGCUAGAUGAUCUUCAUUCAGGGGGCAGUAGCUAGGCUCUCGCUCAGGUGGGAGCCUCGGCCUCUUGAAAAGUCUGAAAUGCUGGGAAUGGUUGGGUUGGCCCGGAUGCCACGGAGCCAUGCAGGAGUCUGGGGUGACAAGGGAGUGCUACCCACCUCCCUGGAUUCUUACGGCAGCUGCAGGAGAGCUCCCCUCAGGCCCCGAGUGGAACCGAACACCAGAGUGCUGACAGCGCCCCAAGAGUCCACCCCAUUCUCAGCAUCUGCCAAACCUCCAACGUCUGCUCACCAGCAGACACCCUGCUGCCAGAAAGCCUGCAGAGUCACUCUGAAGCAGGGCAGGCCAUGUCCUGACACUGUUGGUCAUCAUUUACAGCUGCUAAAACCUGUGUGAGUCUUUGUGACCAAAUGUAACCUCAAUUCCGGAAGUAGCACAAGGAUUCCUCCUGCACCUUCAGCUGGGUUCGGAGAGACCGAGAGCAGGGCCUGCACACCUGGGAAAGGCUGCUGGCCGUGGGGGCCAGGAAAGGCUGGCCAGAUGUGACAGGCUUGCAACCCUGUGACCCUCUGCCCCUACCCCAUGCCACCCAGACCUGUCUUUCUAAAACUAGAUCACAGAGCUGAGUGAACUGCACUUUGCGAAAUGUAAGGGUCUGCUUUGUUCCUUGUUAGUGUUCUCUUUUUUAACCUUCUAUUCCAACUUUUAUAAAAAUAAAUUGUAUUUCUUGUCAAAUGCAGAUAUGUUCCUCCUGCCAGUGAAGUUCUGAAUUCUGGCUUCUGCAGUUGAUAUUGUCUGUGUCAGAUGUACAGCCAGAUGUGGGUUCCUGUCAGCAUCUCCCAGACUCAGUUGCCCCCAUGACCUCCAUUCUGUUCUCCCCACACCCCGCGCACCCUCAUUCACGCUGAGAAAAAUUCAUCUCUGUGUUCUUGCUCAUUCGUUUCAAGAGAAUCAAGAUCAUACUCAGUGUCCUGAAUAAAUUGCUCUAUUUUGGUAUG